AUGGAAGAGUAUGGGGUACGAAAGAUACCGAGAACAACGGGAACUAGGUCCAGAACGAGGAGAACAGGCUCAAGAAUCUUGGGAACAUCAAGAAUAUCGAGGCUGGCAAGGAUAGCAGGAAUAAUGGGAUUGAUAGGAACAGCAAGAACAGUGGGAACGAUCGGGAACAAGAAAAAUGGGGUCAAGAAUGACAAGAAUGUCGAGGAUAAUAAGAAUAAUGGGAUCAACAGGAACAUUGAGAGUAGUAGGAAUGAUAAGAACGGUAGUAACAACGAGAGUAGCAAGAAUAACAAGAACAACAAGAACAUGAAGGGUGUCAAAUUCAUCAAGAAACAAAAAAGAAAAAAAAACAAGAACUACAAGAACAACAAGAGCAACAAGAGCAACAAGAACAACAAGAAUAACAAGAAUAACAAGAACAACAACAGCAAGAAUGACAAGAAUGGUGAAAUCAAUAAGAACAACAAGAACAUUAAGAAGAUGGGGAUGGCCAAGGAUAACAAUGAGAACAAAAGCAAGAACUACAAAUACAGUACGAACAACAAGAGUAAAAAGAAGACUUGGAACGUCGAGUAG